AUGGAGGGAGGCAAGGGCUCGUCGUCUUCCUCCUCCUCCCCUUCUAGCUCGAGGUGGAACCCUACCAAGGAGCAGAUAUCCGUACUGGAAGGCCUCUACAAGCAGGGAAUCAGGACCCCAAGCGCGGAGCAGAUACAGCACAUAACCGGGAAGCUGAGGGAGUACGGGAACAUCGAGGGAAAGAACGUCUUCUACUGGUUUCAGAACCACAAGGCGAGGCAGAGGCAGAAGCAGAAGCAGGAGAGCUUCGCCUACUUCAGUAGGCUGCUCCAACGUGCCCCGCCUCCCGUCCUCCCACCCACCGCUUCCUCUCUUCCUCCUCUUCCUACUUGCACCGACGUUGGUUGCAGUCCAUAUUACGUACCAGUGCCGCAGGUCGGUGGUGUCGGCUACUUCCACCCGCAGUUCCCUAACGUGAUCUUUCCGGCGGCUGCGAAGAGGACGGACUUCCAAAAGAUGGGAAUGAUCCAAGGGAGAAACCAAACACCUUCUCGUGCUGGUUGUCGCAAUACGGAUGAGAGCGGUCAUGAGACGCUGCAGCUCUUCCCGUUGCACCCGACCGGCAUAUUGGAGAGGAGGCCAGGAAGCACUCCGACGUCGGCUUCGACCGAGAUUGAGAGCGUAGAGGAAGACGAAGGAAAAGAAGAGGUGGGCGGCGAGAACCAGCCCUUGUUUAACUUCUUUGGUGGCGCUAACAAGCAGUGCUAA